AUGAAUCGUGAAGCUGCUGAAGUCGCAGUUUUGGGCGACUGUGGGGUUGGAAAAACGAGUUUGUUGAAGAGAUUGGCGGAAAGUCGGAUAACUGCGAGGUAUGAGCCAACCGUUGGAUCCGACUUGUUGUCACUGACCCCCGUGAUUGACGGCAAAACUUAUCGAGUGUUUGUGCACGACUUUUCUGGGGCUCCUGAAUUUAAGCUUUUGCGUUCUGAAUUAGCGCAAAACGUGUCAGGGGUGGUGAUUGUGGUGGAUUUAAGGUCAGAUCAUGCGAAAUCAUCGGUCAGUUCCUGGUUUUCGGAGCUGGAAGCUUUCAAGAGACCGGCGAAAAAUCCCCUGGUCCUCAUCUGCGCCAACAACUUCACAGAAAGGCAGGAAAAGCGAGCAGAAGUGGUUGCAUUGGCCAGGUCGAAAUGCUGGGACUAUUGCGAGUGUUCACCCACGUCCUCGAACGUUUCCCAAUUGUUUCACACCUUUUUCAAAAAGGUGGUGAAUUCUUCGCAAAUUUCUCCAAAGUCUGAGUUGAAGGAUUUUUCUACUGUGCCGAGAACUUUUGGUUCCGCCGAAGCUCGGGAGGCCUUGAGAAGAAUAGUUUUAGGUGCUACUCCUUACGAGAAACUCGGACUUCGUCCCGGUGCGAGCAAAGAUGACAUCAAUAAGGCCUACAAGAAGUUGGCCAUGUUGUUGCAUCCGGAUAAGACUGACCUGGUGGGUGCUGAAGAAGCUUUCAAGGCGUUGAACGCGGCGAGAAACUCUUUGUUGCCAGGUUCUGGGACGACAACAAGCGGCUAAGAAAUAAUAUACUCUGUCAAGAUUUGCCGAAUUCUCAUAUGUGUUCUGCUUUGACGUGUGUGUCAAAUAUGAAAGAAAAAACCCAAUCUGUGUUCGAAGGGAAUUGAAAAAGAAAAGUCUUGUGUUCAAUAUAGGAAAUUUGUGCAUCGGAAAUCCUUCCAGAGUGCAAAAGAAAAGUUUCUGUGAGUUGGAAAACGUUCAGGUCGAUUUGAUGUUUCAGGAACAUUUGGAGCCUAUUUAUGAGGGGAACUGAAAUGUAUGAAUUAGUUUUCGAUUUUAA